AUGGCUGGGGAAAAUCACACCCUGGUGACUGAGUUUGUUCUCUCAGGACUAACAGAAAGUCCAGAGAUGAAGGCCAUCUGCUUUCUGCUCUUCUUAGUGAUGUACCUGAUCACCCUGGUGGGAAACCUCGGGAUGAUCAUGUUGAUCAGGUUCGACCCCCGGCUCCACACCCCGAUGUACUAUUUCCUCAGUAAUUUGGAUUUUGUGGAUUUCUGCUACUCCUCAACCAUCACCCCCAAGAUGCUGGUGGAUUUCCUAACUGAGAGGAGAGCCAUUUCAUUUGGUGGGUGCAUUGCACAGCUGUUCUGUUUUGUGCUCACAGCGAGCGUUGAAUGCCUCCUGUUGGCCGUGAUGGCCUAUGACCGUUACGUGGCCAUCUGUAACCCACUACUCUAUACCGUCAGCAUGUCCCGCAGAGUCUGUGCCCAGCUGGUGGCUGGCUCGUAUCUCAUUGGCUUUGUCCAUGCACUGGCACAAACUAUCUCCACCUUUAGACUGUCCUUCUGCAGCUCUAAUGUCAUCAAUCAUUACUUCUGUGACAUCCCCCCACUGAUACAGCUCUCCUGCUCUGAUACCUACAGCAAUGAGAUAGUGCUUUACACUUUUGGUACAUUUCACGGCAUCGUCACCUCAUUGGAGAUUCUGGUCUCCUAUAUCUAUAUCAUCUCCACCAUCCUGAGGAUUCGCUCCACUGGGGGCAGACGCAAAGCCUUCUCCACCUGUGCCUCCCACCUGACAGCUGUCAUGAUAUUCUAUGGCACCACAGUCUUUAUGUAUGUCAGGCCAAUUUCCAGUUACUCGCUGGACCGGGACAAAGUGGUCUCAGUGUUCUACACUGUUGUGAUCCCCAUGCUGAAUCCUCUUAUCUACAGCCUGAGGAACAAGGAGGUGAAGGACGCCCUGAAAAGGUUAUUAGGCCGAAAACGGAGAACCACUUGA